AUGUCUCAACCAGACAAGUUUGUAUAUUUUAUCCAAUUCUUCUAGUUAUGCCUUAUGCUCUUUACCUUUUAUAUUCCUAUAUGCAAUGAUGGAGAUGGAGUACUUGGAAUCAGUUGAAUUAUCAAACUAUGGAACCAACUGCUUUCGCACCAAGGGAACAAGAUCGAGAGCAAUGAUUUCUUGAAACUUGAAGAUAUCUUGAGAAAAGGUUUUUGCACCACUGUUCCAUGUAUAUACUCCAGCUUAUUCAAAGAAUCCCAAUGGUCUAAGUUCAUCGACUAUUUGGGAAAAAGGAGGAAAAUCACUUUGAUCUCUUGUUUCAGAGAAAUAAGUGGCUCACUAGAAAUGGAAAGAAGCAUUUUCUAUUUGAUCUCUAAGUCCUCAUAUAACACUUCUUCCAAUCGGAUCACUUCUAGGAAUGACAUAAUGCUCAUCCAUGUUCCACACGACCAAGGAAGCAUCAUUUUUUAAUCUAAUGAAACCUGGAAGAGAUUCUUUCUCA